UGUUGGAUAUGAAAAAUGGUCAAGAUUGCACAUGCCAACAAAUGGAUACUCUACUCUGACAUCAAACAUAGUAGAAUCUGUUAAUGCAGUCACGAAGGCGGCAAAAAAUUACCCCAUUGAAGCACUUCUAGAAUCAUUGAGGCAAAUGGUCCAAUCUUGGUUUUGCAAAAAUAGAGAUGACGCACAUGGCACUUUCACAAAGUUUGCAACAAAAUAUGAGAAGUUGUUAAGGGAAAUGAGCAAUGAUGUGAGAAAUCUAAAGGUUUCACCUGCAAGUCACGCUUUAUUUGAAGUGAGGGACAAUUAUUCAUCAUACAUGAUUGAUAUAACUCUACAUACAUGUAGUUGUAGAAUGUUUCAAGUGGAUCAACUUCCCUGUCCACAUGCACUGGCAGUAAUAGCAACAUUGAAGCUGAAUGUAUAUGACUUUUGCUCUAUGUAUUACACAAGAGAUGCAUAUCUAAAUACCUACAAAGAGACUGUAUUUCCUGUAGGUAAUAAAUCAGAAUGGAAUUUGUCAGAAGAUGUAAGUAAUAGAGUUGUUUUUGCUCCAAACCAAAAGAGAAGCUCUGGAUGGCCUACUGAGAAGAGAAAGAAGCCAGCAUAUGAAAGAUCACAAGUUGUGAAAUGUGGAAGAUGCGGUGAAUUCGGGCACAAUCGUCGAACAUGCAGGAACUUGGUGCCACUUAACCAGAAUGACAAAAAAACUGAAAAUAAAGAAAGAUCCAAAGAAAUUCAAAUAGAUUAGCAUAAUUUUUUUACAAAAUGAUAUUCUUUGUAAUUGCAAAUUGUUUCAUUUUAUUGCCGAACGACGUAUUUUUUGGAUUAUACAAGUUGAUAG